ACAAACGUGUGAUUGCUUUCAUGUAUGUGCGCGCGCAAAAUCUUUAAAACGCAAAAUGGCGUGUGAAGUACAUACAGGUGUGAACGACAUUUUCACUAAAAACCAAAUCCAUCACAUCUUAAAGCAAUCGCUUGGGGUUGCCAACUUUCAACUUAUUGCUUGUGACAAGCGGCCAGCAAUGACUGGAAUGGCUGGGUUCCUCGGCGACCACUUUAGGGUGACUUUACACGUGAAAGUCGACGGGUUUGAUGAGAAGAUAAAGUUAUUCGUGAAGAGCGUGCCUGUCUGUAACGCACCUAAGGCCGAGUUCAUAAAUAUGAAUGGUUAUUAUAAGAGGGAGAUGGUGGCCUUUCAACUUUCCGAAGAAAUGCGUGGAGCUGAAGAAUAUUAAAAGAACGUGCCAGAGCCGCGUUGCAACUAUAUUAUAGUUGUAGCAUUAUAAAUAAUAGUACAAGUAGUAGGACCACGCUCUUACAGAAUACCAGCGUAAAAUAGCAGCUUAAUGCUGCAGUGUUUCGUAUGGACCGAAUCCUUGGUGCGCAAAAGCAUAUUUGUGCAAUGAAAGGAUUCUCGUGAUGCCGGACUUAGCCCUCGAUGGUUACAGAACAUUUAUGAACCAUGAAGUCCUCGAUCUCAAGCACACGCUGUUAACAACGGCGUCAAUUGCGCGUUUCCACGCGUCCUUUGCUAACUAUGUGACUAGACGUACGUUACACGACAAAAGUUUCGACUUCACUCGGGAGUACAGCAAUGUGUUGACAGAACCUACGUUCUGUGAUUCUCCGUGGUUGAGAGCGGCCGCCAAACUAACUGUGAAUCUCCUGAAGGCAUUCUCUGAUAGAUUCGACCAGUAUCCCCAAGAUUUGGAGCCUACACUUGUCAAACAGUUCAUAGAUGCCUGUGCCAUACUUAGAGAAUACGAGGAAACCCUUAACGUGCUGCUUCAUAAGGAUUUGUGGGUAAAUAACAUCAUGUUUAAGUAUAGCGGAGAUGUACCUAUAAAUGCUUUACUUAUAGAUUUUCAGUGCAUACGAUUGGGACCCCCAGCAUUCGAUCUAAUGGUAUUCCUAUAUUUGACCACUGUGAAAAAGUUUAGAGAGCGAUAUGAACAGGAAAUCUUCAACCAUUACUUCACAAUCUUCUCAGAGACUGUGGAUAUCGACACAAAGAACAGGCUGAAAGAAUUAAAUUACAAUUUAAACGCAUUUGUAGGUUGGUGCGAGAGAAGUCGCAUGUUUGCUAUUUUUGAAGCUAUUGGGAUACUCCCGUAUGUGUUGAUGGAUCCUACAACUGCACAGAAGACCUUUGACGACCCGGCCACUUUUGUUAAGUACUGCGACGAGGACCGGAGUGAACCCGUGCUCGCUUACUGCCGCAAAUCGAAUGUCUAUAUGGAAAGGCAACUGGAAGUCAACGAGGAGUUUGUCGAGCGAUAUGUACUGAAGCAACUAUGAAUAUUUAAUUUUUUUCAAAAAUUUUAGACAUAAUUAUUUGUAGAAACUAGCCUUCACUUUUAUAAGUGGGAACUUUUAAGUUGGUAAGUGGGCUCGUCAGUACACUUAUGUUGUUGUAGUUCAUAAAUUUGUAACUAGCUAGUUCUCCUAAAAUCGUAAUAAAAAUAAAAGAAAAGGAUUGCCUUUGAAGUUAUUUAAUAACUAAUAUGAGUCUCACUAUAAAAGAAGCAUUUAGCAGUGUCAAAAUAAUAAAGCAAUUAUAUAUA